UCAAAAUGGCAGCAUCCGUGAAGUCUGCGCGUACAUAUUAAUUUGCUGCAAAUGCUUGUUUUUAAUUGAAUGUCAUGAAGAAGUCAGUUGUUUUUAAAUGUCUUUUUAUUUUCAUCUUUUGUUUUAUAAGUGUACAAAUAUUCAUCGUCCCAGCGUAUUUAGAUAAUCAGGAGAGGCAAAAGAAAGAUGAAUUAUUGGUAUCCUUCACCCAGAUGCAGAGGCUUAUGAAGCUCACCACAGCCCUGCAUGUGAACCUGUUUGUAGUGGAUCCAGACCUACUGUCAGCUGGUGACAAGUGGCCAGCCAGACUGCGAGAGGGACUUGUGCGCUCUGUCACACUGGGACAUCUACACAGUAGUGAGGCAGUCAGACUGGAUAGAUACCGUGCCCACUUUGAAACCCUUGGAUUCAAGUAUUACACAACCAGUACGUUUGAUCCAGGAAGUAAGACACACCUCCCUGCCCACCACUUCCUGUGUGGAACGAGACUUACUGUGCACAUUGUGGAAUGGUUUAACAGGACGAAGGACACGGUCUGGCACAGCGAGGUCAGAUGGAGGCACCCCCCUCCCCUCAACACAUGUGUGCUGGAUGACAGGCAUUUCUAUCAGCAUCCCGGACUCUAUGACAACUUUCAUAUUUCUAAAGUGGACAAGUAUUAUGUUCCAAAUCCAGCUGAGAAGUUCUUACAAGACAUACCAGACAGUAACUUAGUGGAAUGUAACCUGACUAGAGCCGACCAGUUUUUCCGAAAAAAUCCGCCAGACAGUGCAGAACAGGCAAAACUGUUUCAGAGAAAUGCUCGACAAAUCAUUGCAAGAGCAAAACUGUACUUGGAUGAACUAGGGAUACCUUUCUGGCUCAGCAGUGGAACUUGUCUUGGCUGGUUCCGACAGUGCAGUAUUAUAACCUACAGUCAGGAUGUGGACCUGGCAAUAUUUAUACGUGACUUCAAACCAGAGCUCAUACCAACUUUUGAGAGGGGAGGGUUUUUCCUGAAACAUGUCUUCGGGAAGGUGUCCGACAGUUACGAGCUGUCGUUCCAGGCAGGAGACAUCAAGCUAGAUCUGUUCUUCUUCUACGAGGAGGGAAACAUUACAUGGAACGGUGGAACACACCAUGAGACAGGGCAAAAAUACAAGUACUUAUUUCCAACAUUUAAUUUGUGUUGGACUGUGUUUCUGGACUUGAAAGUGCGCGUGCCAUGUCCACCCCAGCCCUACAUAGAGGCCAACUAUGGACAGAACUGGCUGGAGCCAGUCACACACUGGGAGUGGAACAAGAGUCCGCCAAAUGUGAGGGAAAAUGGAGUGUGGCCAAAAGAGGAAUGGGAUGAAGUUAUUCAGGUUUUCUGAUUUAAUAUAAAUGUGAUAGUGUGGUUAUAUCCUCAUAAUUGUCAUAUACUCUGUUAUGUAUGUCAAAAUAUGUUGAUUUAUAUUAGAAUUUUAACAACAAGGGUUUGAUCUUUUGUUUCUAGAUGUUUACCUUAUUGUUUUCUAUUUCUCUGUACAUAUAUUUACAAUUAUGAGGUCAGCCUUUGGUAAUCUUACUAUUAAAAUACCUUGUAUACUGUUACUUUUAAGUUAAAAGUUUGCUGUGAAUGUGGAAGUUUUUCUAGUCAAUAUGCCUUACUGGGAAUUUUUUUUGGGGAUUGUAUUUGUUUCAAUAUGUUAGUGUGUAUUAAUAUCGUUUUUGCCAAAGAAUGAUCUCAUAUUUUAUACGCUUGAAAGUUCAAUUUUGUAUGGCAACUCCUAGUGGUAUUUUUUGUAUUCUGUAUUCAGUGCUAAUGUGAGGUUCCAUAAAUCUAUUGAUACUGUAUUUUUGUAAUUCACCUUGAGAACAAGAGUGUUCAAGGUAAAUUGUUGUUGUGAUCAGCCUAUGUCCAUCAUCAUUUAAUGUGUAUACAAAGUCCUCGUUUGGAGUCUCCAUCCCAAUCAUUUGAAUAAUUAAGAACAAAUCUAAUGCAGUAUUGUCCACCAGUAAGACCUUUAUACAACUUGGAUGUUAUCAAUGUUAAGCUGCAUUUUUUUCAUCCACUCUCUUUUUCAACUGAGGCCGUUUGAGUUGUUUUGUCAAUUAUUCUGUUAUUUGUCAAUGUAUAAAUGUAAACAAUAAUUUGAUUUUAAAAUAUGUUUAGCAAAAGAAACCUAGCCUAAGCUUAUAAUGAGUAUUAUAUUGAAAGUGGAGGCCGAUACAGAUACUAGUAACAUUGGACUAUGGUUAAAUUAUGUACACCUGUAACAUAUCAACAGCAUUAAAAAAAAUUAAAACAUCAGAGAUGAUGAGCUUAAGUCGACUAAGUCAAACAAAGGGAUCAAACAUAAUUAUGAUAGGCUGCAGAUAUUGAUUUAAGUGUUUUUUAAAGUUUGCUGUUAACACAAAAUGUGCAAAUUUAUGCUUCUGAAGGUGAGCAUAUUAAAAUUACACCGUCAGAGAGUCCAUCGUUUUCUUCCUUUUUUGUGUCCGAGCUGCAACUUUGUCAUGUGAGGAACUAUUUUAAAAUAAAUUGGAACAUGUGUUUUGUACAUAAAGGUUAAGGUCACACCAACAAGUUGAUCAGUAUGGAAUGCUGCUCAUAUAUGUAAGUAGAGUGUAGUUGGUUGUGUCAGGCUGUUAUUUCGUUAGUUGUGCACAGACAGAUUUUAAAAUAAAUUUACACAUGCGUCUGGUGCAUGAAGGUUAUGUUUCAGGUGCAAGAACCAGUUAAAGGUCACACUUAAAGUUUAAACCUUAUGGAAUGCUGUAACAUUAAUGUACAUAGAUAGAGUAUAGGUGGUAGUGUUGGAUUACUUUUAAAUUUGGUCUGUUUUUACUAUAUAUUUUAUUUCCAUUGCUUCAAUGAUUAGUUUCAGAGUUGAUGAUUCAUUUUAUUUUAAUAGAGCUGGUUGUUUGAAAAUCAUUUAUUGUCUCAUCAAACUUUGAAAUAUU